AUGAAACUCUAUCCCGUAUUAUUGGUUGCUGUUAUUGUGACGCUCUAUUUUAUACCUGACACACACGGAAGACCAGCACCUGAAGUCAUACCAAAACAAAAGUACGGACCUUCUAAGAAGCUGCGGUUUAAACAAUUGAUGGAUUGGAUUGUAUCACUUGACGACGACUCUAGCGAUACAGACGCAUUGAGAGAAAGUCUGGCCACACUGACAGUCAUAACAGAUCUCCAGGGGAGGAACGGUUCCGGGUCACCAAUAACCGACAUUUCACCGAUAUCUCACUGUGUUCAAGCUUGCUUUGGGAACACAACUAGUGUCAGCGUGAGUGUCCUGCACGAGUGUAACCGACAGUGUAUGCUCAGUCCUCACAGGUUUGACCAUCCUGGAAAUGCCACAAAUCACAGUCGGAAUUCAGGAUCUGGAGCAAGUAGACGUCCAUAA